AUCUGUUGACAGUUGUGUCUGAAGGAAGCUCACAGAUUUAGUUUUAGCUAACUUAUGCUAUAUAAUAUAAGGUCUGUUGUGCUUUUAACUUGAACUGGGACGUAUGUCCUGAACUUUUAAUGGUUUGAUUGAAGCCAAGAGAUGGAUGACGAUGAACGGCAGAGGAAACUAGAAGCUGGAAGAGCGAAGAAAUCCUCCAACAUGCCCCGAAGCCAGUCGCUUGCUAGCUUCAGACAGAAGCGGGCGAAAGGCGACGGUGCGGGGGCGCCGAAAAAGACGCAGAAGAGGAAGAGCAAGGCUGUCUCGCAGGAUGACGGAGCGACGCAAGGCCGCCCAGUAGAGACGCCGCCUCCUGCAGCCCACGCCACGGAGCUGGACAAGAAGACCAACCAUGAGGAACCAGAGAAGCCGGAGAAAUCAUCCGUUCAGCAGAACCAACGAGAGAAGAGUCUGUCCCCGCCCCUGGAGCCGAGCCCGUCCCCUGUCGAAGAGUUUAGAGAAGAGCUAGUCGCACUCACUGGAAAAGAGCAGCUCAAGCAGCUCCAGCAGGCUGUGGAGAAGCGUAAUGAGAUAAUUGCCAAGCUGAGCUCCAACCUGCAGGAGGCCCUGGCCAGCAGAGACCAGGUGCAGCAGGAGGCCCAGUCUCUAGCUGGACAGAUUCAGGCGCUGCAGAAACAGCUCCAGCAGACGAGCGUAGAGUUCCUGCGCAUCAAAAGUCAGUCAGGAGUCGACGUCCUCAACACGCACCAGGAGCAGCAGCAGCUCGGCUCCUGCUCCCAGGAGGCAGACCUCAAUCAUAAGGAGGAGUCGGGGAGUUCAGGUUCUGGCUCCCAGUCCAGUCUUGAAGGCUUCAGGACUGGCAUCGACAGCCAGACAGACACAGUUCUGCACAAACUGAGAGCUGAGCUGGAAGAAGAAAGGGAGAAAAGCCAGCGCAUAUGUGCCGAACUAGCAGAGGAGGUGGAGAAACACCAACAUGUGCUUUCUUUACUGGAGCAGGAGAAGAGGAGCAGGGAGGAGGAGCGGACAGAAAGGGAGGCGCAGCUGCAAAACCAGUUAAGCCUCCUUGUCCAGACCCAGUGCCUUGAGAUGCAGCAGUGCAAAGAGGAGAAGGAGAAGCUGAACGGAGAAGUUCUGGAGCUGAGGAGAAGGCUCCAGGAGGAGGACAACGCAGAGAGGAGACUCAGCGAGGAGGUGGCCAGCUCUGCUCUCCUCCUCCAGAGACAGGAGGAGGAGAUGCAGAGGCUCAGAGAGGAGCACAGAGAGGAGGUGGAGAGAGUCAGGGAGCUGCUGGAGGAGAGGGAGAAGGAGCUGAAGUCCAGAGAGGAGGAGGUGCUCGGACUCAAAGCUUCUAAGAACCGGCAGAACCAAGCAAGAGCUGGUUUCAGUUGUGAGGAGAAGAUCAGUAGUGGAGCUGAGGAGGACAGUUUGAAUGUUUCCGUCCCUGGAGACGUCCUGAUGGAGCGUUAUCUGUCUUCAGCUCCUCUGGCUCAUUCUCAGUCUUCAGUGGUCAAUGAAAGCUUUGAACGCUGCAGUCAGCUGGACGUCUCUGCAGACUACAGUUUCGAGCUGAACAGUGAAGUCUUGGGGGACGAGCCUCUGUUGUCUAUUUCAAACCGUUUCGCUGAAGAAGACGAAGACAACGUCCACAACUCCUCCACCCCGGAGUGUGUCCUCCUGGAGGAGAACUCCCGCCCUCAGGCUCCGUCUCAGUGGCUUCACAACUCCUCGGCCGGAGAGCUGGAGCUGAGUAAACUGUCCGAUCAGCAGUUUGAGGAGACGGAUCUGGAGAAGGAGCUGCUGAAUCAACAGUGUGGGGAACUCCGAGAGGAGCUGGCCGAUAAGGAGCGGGAGCUGAAUGUGUUGAAGGAGGAGGUCAUCAACAGCGCUGAGGAGCUGGAGGAGGCCCGGAGCAGGUGGGCCCAGGUAACAGAGGAGCUGCAGCAGGCUCUCUGGGAACUGGAGGAGGAGAAGGAGAAGAGGAGAAACGUUGAGGAGGAGAUAAACCUGAAAGCCCACGAACAAGACAACCUGAAAAACAAACUCAGUGCCUUAAUGGAGGAGAAGGAAGAUGCAGUAAUGUUCAGGGCUGAACCCUCCCUGCUGCUGGCUGCUACCUCUCCAUCAGAGGAGGAGGAUAAGCUGCUAGGGGAGCUGAGAAAGGAGCAGGAGGAGGAGGAGGAUGAACUCCCGUCUCAUCAGAAGCAGCAGGAGGUGCUGCUGUUGUCUCUGCAGGAGAUAAAGCAGCCGGCAAUCUCUGCCAAACAAAACCUGGAGCUCCGAGAUGACAACCAGCUGCAGACGCUGCAGGCUAAUUGUGAACUUCUUACGUCGGAGCUCGAGGAGACGAAAACAACGCACAAAACCACAUCAGCCCUUCUCGCUCAGAGGACUAGAGAGCUGGAGGAAACGUCAAAGGAGCUCCAAACGACUCGUGAACAGUUUAUAAAUGUUCAAACCAAAGUGGAAAAGAUGCAGGAGGAGCUGGAGAAGAGCCAGCGGAGUCUGGACGGGGCUGAGAAAGAGAAAAAUGAACUGGAGUCUCAGAUCUUCUGUUUGAGACAAAACAUGGCCAACCUGGAGGAGGCCCAGGCCCAGGCAGCGCAGGAGAGGGAGGAGCACAGGAGGAGAGAGGAGGAGAUGGAAGACCGGAUUAGGAAAAUGGAACAAGUCUUAGAGGAGGAACUGGAACAGUUUGAGAAUCUGCUGAAAGUCAAAGAUGAGGAGCUGACUGAAGAGAAGGAGAAAUGGGAGGAAGAGAUGCAGGAGAAGGAGAGAGAGCUCGUUGAUGUGAGGCAACUCCUGGAGGAGCAGAGGAGGGAGAGGGUGGAGGAGGUGAAGGUGCUCCUGGAGAAGCAGGAGGUGGCUGUGGAGGAGGCGACAGAAAGGCUUCAGACGUCUCACCGACAGGAGGUGAAGGAGCUGAAGGAGAAACAUCAACAAGAGAUUUCUGAGUUGAACAUUCAGCUUGAGUCAGAACUGCUGCAGCAGCAGGUCGCUCUGGAGGAAGAACAGAAGAGACACAUCAGCCUCAUCAAACAGGUGACUGAGCGAGAACACGAGAGGAUGAUUUCAGAGCUGACAGACAAACACAAUGAGGAGCUGAACCAGCUGAGGAGAGAGUCUCUGGAGCUGAAGGAGAGUCUGGAAGCUGCUCACCAGGCUGAGCUGCAGCAGAUACAGGUCCAAAAGGCCAGCGAGCUGGAAGCUUUGCGUCUGAACCUGACCCAAGUCAACAAGUCUCAGCUGGAGCACGAGUCUGCUCUCACCGAGGUCCAAGCGUCCCUGAGGGAGACGUUUGCCCAGGAAUGUGACCUCCUGCAGGCUCGCCAUCAGCUAGAAGUGGAGCAGAUCAGGCAGCAGAACCAGGAGCAGCAGCAGGAGAGGCUGCAGGAGCUGCAGGAGCUGCACCAACAAGACCUGAAUGAACUGAAGCAGCAGUGGGAGAGUCGUGUUGCUGAGGAGAAAGCUGCCAUGGAGGAGCAGCAGGCCAAAGACAUGCAGGCUCUAAAGUCGAACCUCCAAACGUCUCUCUCCGAGACCCAAAACAGCCACAACGCCACCCAGACGGAGCUCACUAAGACCAACAAAGCUCUAACUGAAGCUCAGGCAGCUCUGUCCCAGACUCAGUCGGAGCUGCAGGAGCUCCAGACCUCCAGCAAGGAGGUGCAGCAGAAACUAGAAGAGGAGCUGCAACGAGCCUGGGCCGACAGAGACGCUGCUGCUCGUGCUGUGGAGGAGUUGGUUUCUAGUCACAAGGCGGUGCUGCAGGAGAAAGAGCAACAAUCGCUCCACCUAGAGGAGAAGGAGCAGCAACUGCAGCAGGAGGUUUUGCGGCUUCAGGAGGAGAAGACUUUGUUAAAACGGAGCUCAGAACAGGAAGUAGGUCAGCUGUGGACGCAGCUGGAGAGCAUGAGGACCAGUCGGCAGGAGUUGGGAGAGCUGAAAGAGCAGCUGCUGGCCCGCUCAUCGCGUGUUGAUGACAUCGAGCGCCUGAAGACAGAGUUUAAUGAACAAAAACGGGAAAUCAAAGAGCAGAAUGAGGCUGAGCUGGAGAGCCUGAGGAGGUACUUUGAGCAGCGUCUGCGUGCGGCGGAGGAAAGCUACAGAGAGGAGAUCGCUCUGCUGCAGCUCAGGCUGGUGGAGAGCGCCUUAGAGGAAUCUCUGCUAAAAACUGCUGAUGACAGUUCCAUAUCUGAAGGCAAAGCUGAAGAAGAAAAACAUCAUGUGCUCUCAGAUGUUGGCCCCAAACAGGAGAAACAAAAGGAAUCUCUGGACAGUUUGUGCCUUCAGCUGGAAGAGAAACACGCCAUGGAGCUCGCCAAUCUACAGUCUUCUAUGACGAACUCCUUUAAUGAAGAUCUGCGACAGGUGCGCUCUGACCUCACCGACCAGUACUAUGAAGAGCUGCAGGAGAAGAAGACUCGUCAUGCUCUGGAGCUGGAGCAACUCAGAGCCAAACUCUCUGACCAUCACUUACAAGAGCUUACCAGAGUUCGUUUGGAAGCAGCACGGCAGGUUGAGGUGGAGGUUGAACAUAAAAUGUGGAGUCACACUGAGGAGCUGCAGACCAGGACCACCAUCAUCCACACGCUGGAGAACAGACUGGCUGCUCUGAGUAAACAACAUGAAGCAGACAUGCAGAGAAACACACAAAAGCUGAAACAGGAGUUUGCUGCAGAGCUUGUUGGUCUUGAGGAGGCUCUGAGACAGGAGAAGGUGUAUGUGAAGGAGGAGAUGAAGCAGCUGAGAGAAGAACUCCAAGAGAAACAUGAAGCUGAGCUCUCUGCUCUGAGGUCAGAACAUCAGAGAGAGAUGGAGAAGGAGAAGACACGCCUUGAGGAAGCUCUUCAGGUGGAGAAGGAGAAGUUAACAUGUCUACAGGCUUCACUGGACAAUGAUGAGAGUCCACAGGUCCUCAUAGUGCGACAGAGACUGGAGGCCCAGUAUGAUGGUGAGCUGCAGAAGGCAAAGAGCCGCAUGGAAACAGAGAUAAAGGAGCUCACUGCUCUCCUCCAGGAGCAGGAGGAGGAGCGGCUACGCCAAGCACAAGAGAGGUUCCAAGAGGAGAAAUCAGCGUUGGAGCAGAGUUUGUCCCAGAAACAUGAACUCUCUCUGUCAGAGCUAGAGAACAAACAUCAGACUGAGCUGCAGCAUCAGAGUUCAGCUCUCCAGAACAAACACUCCCAAGAGAAGGACUCGCUCAGAGCCCAACACAAAGCACAACAAGACUCACUCAGUGCCAGUCACAGAGAUCAGCUCGCUGCCGCGGCCGCUCAGCUCAAAUCCAAACACGACGCAGAGCUCGUCGCCUUGGAAACGGCACUCGACUCCAAACUGAAGACAGACCUGGAGCGUCUGCAGGCCGUUCUUCAGGAGACCGGUCUCGCUCAGCUGGAGGCUUUAGAGGCCGAGUUGACCCGCAAACACCAGGAGGAAAGAGAUGAACUGGAGAAGAGGAUGCUGGGUAAUAUGGACACUUUGGAGGCCACAUACCUGAAGGAAGUGCAAGCGCUGCGUGAUGAGAUGGCCCAACUUGAAGAAGCUCAUCUUCAAGACCUUUCUCUCCAGAAGUCACAACAUAAACAGAUAAUGGAGCGCAACGCUGCAGAGCAGCUGUCCAUCAGAGAGGAUCUGAGGAAGGAGCUGGCUCAGCUUCACAUGGAGAAGUUUAGUGCCAUGGCAGCAGAGCUCAGCCACGUUCACAAGACUGAGCUGGCUGCUCAAAAAGAGGCCUUAGAUACUGAACACUGCAAAACCCUGGAGACCCUCAAGACACAGGUUUUAGAACUAGAGCAGCAACACAGCGCUGCUCUCCAGGAUCUCUCACAUACCUGCACAGCUGAGAAAGAGCAACUCAUCACACAGCAUCAGCUGCAGCUACAGGAGCUGAGGAGCGUCUCUGCACGGGAGCUGGAGGCAUGUCGCCGGGAGCUGCAAGAGGAGUCGUCCCGGCAACGCCAGCACUUCCUGGAGGAGGCGGAGCUUCUCAAAGCCCAAUCAGAGGACAGACUGCAGGACAAAAUUAAUCAACUGAAGACGGAGUUUGAAGAGCAGAAGGAGGCGGAGCUUGAGGAGCUGAAGAGGAGCUUUACAUGUGAGCAGGAGGAGAAGGAGCGCAGCUACACGGGCAAAAUGAGCCAGCUCACCGUCCAACUGCAGCAGCUGGACGCUGUGGUGGCCCAGCUGCGAGCCGAGGUGGGCUGCCUGCAGGGAGAGCUGAAAGGGAAACGAGCAGAGAUGGAGACUUUAGACACUCUCCUCCAGAGACGAGAACGAGAGAAUCAGGAGGGAGGAAACCUUCUGAAGAUGCUCACUGACGACCUGCAGACGGCCAGAGAGGAACGACGUCAGCUGCAGCAGGCCAAUGAGAAGCUGAAGAAGGUUCUGAUCGAGAUGAUUCGCAGCACCAUAGCAACAGAAGAUCUGAUUGGACAAAAGAUCAGCGCCGGAGCCAAAACAUGUGAUCAGAGGAGCUCAACGGGGAACAAAGACGCACAAGAAUCUGGUAUUUCAGUAGCAGACGUGUCUUCAGAAGACACGGAGCUGAGCCAGCUGCUCUGUGAGAGUCUGCUGGUUUCAGACACAAACAUCAGUCCUGGAGGAGAAGAAGCAGCUCUGAGCGCCUGCAGCAGGCUGAGACACACUGUUGACACUCUACUGGAGCUGCUGAACCAGGCCAACACACAGCUGGAGCAGACUCAUGGUGUCCACCUUUCUCUGGAGGAGAAGUUCUCUCAGGGCCGGGAGGACUCGGCCCAGCUCCUCCUGCAGCACAAGCUCCUGUUGGAGCAGCUGGAUGAGGAGGCCAAGCUGAAGAGUAAACUGCAGCUGGAGCUCCACAAGGCCGAGGGGCUUCUGGAAGGCUACGUGGCUGAGAAAGCAGUCCUGGAGGAGUCUUUGCAGCAGAAGGAGGCACAAGAGGAGAGGCUGGUGGAGGAGCUGGAGGACCUGAAGGUGAAGCUGCACCAGACGCAGGGCCUCACCGCGGAGCUGCACAGCCUCAGACUGAAACAUCAGGAGCUCAGCGAGGAGCAGGCUCUCCUCCUGCGCCAGAAGGAGCAUCUCUCCGGAGGUCUGGGGGAGAGGGAGAAAGCUCUACUUGCAGAGACGGAGCGUUUAACCCAGGAUAGGCUGGACCUGCAGCGGCAGGCAGAGAAGGACCACAGCUCUCUGUCGCUGCGCCUCAGGGCCCUGGAGAGGGAGCUGGAGGAGCAGGAGACAAAGGGCCUGGAGACGGAGCAGCACCACAAGACCCACACCGAAGACCUCAUCCAGCGGGUCCAAGCACUCGAGAAACAGCUGAAACACGACAGGCAGUUUAUAGAGGAGCAGGCUGUGGAGCGUGAACACGAGAGAGACGAGUUCCAGCAGGAGAUCCGAAGCCUGGAGGCCCAACUCAGACAGACAGCCAGCGUGGAUAAUAAAGGACACAGGUUUGAGGACUUGGUUCUGCAGGUGGAGAGUCUCCAGGCCAUCAUCAAAGACAAGACGGACGACCACGCCUCCUUGCUGGCAGCCAAUCAGCAAGCCCAGCGCGACCUCGCAGAGCGCAACGAGGAGAUCGACAAGCUGGCCGGGAGAAUCAGAGAGCUGGAGCAAGCACUGCUGAACAGCUCCGAGAGUAACAGAUCCAUCAGUCAACUGGAGCAGGAGCUCCACAGGACCAAGCUGAGAGAACAGGAGCUCACACAAGAUAAGCAGGCUCUGGAGCAGCAGCAGCUGUCCAACAGGCUGCAGAUCUCGGCGCUGCAGUCCAAAGUGGAUGAGACCAGACACUGUUACCAUGACAACGCCCGUGACCCCACCCAGGAGCUUAGCGAUGCCCUGGAUGCUGCUCAGCAGAGCGUACACACCAAAGAGCAAGAGGUGGAGGUGUUGCUCGGCCAACUGGAGAUUGUUCAGAGGGACUUGAGCAUCAAAGAGGUCGAACUGAAACACCUCACACUGCAGCUGGAAAUGCUGACCAAUCAGAAUGCAGCUUAUGUUAAUGAGCUCCAGGAACAGAUCGCUGCCCUCAAAGAGAACGUGUCUGCUCUGACGAUCCUCCAGGAGGAGAAAGAGGAGCGGAGCGAGGUGGAGGACACCGAGGAGGAGGAGAACCUCCCCUCAGCAUUACUGCAGGAGAAAAACCAGGAGAUCGACCACCUCAACACUGAGAUCCAAAGACUGGAACAGGAGCUGGAGAACAACAGAGACAACAAGGCUUUGGAGGCGGAGCUGGAGGAUCUGACCUCCCAGGUGGAACACCUCCAGUCUGAGGUGAUGAGGGUUCGUGAGGACAAAGAGGAGGAGGAGGAGCGGCUCCAUGAGGUCAUCAGCACGCUGCAGGCCGAGCUCGCCACAUUGGGCCCAAACCUGCACGAAGUCAGCGACUCUCAGGACUGUGACAGCAUCAGCGCCUCACCGGCCCCCAGCCCCGAACCUCCCAAAUACUCCCUGCAGGAGCAGCAGGCGAGGAGAGGAGGCCCGAACAGCCUGAAGCAGGAGCUCAGCCUGAGUCACUCCGCCUCCUCCCGCUCCCUUCGCUCUCGCUUCAAGGCCCUGCAGAGUCAGCUGGAGACGGCGGUGGCGGAGAAAGAGGGACUGGAGCGGUUGUUGCUCAGCCAGGAGGAGGAGUUCAGAGGUCACGGGGAGGAGUACGCCAGGAGGCUGACGGCUGAGAGGGAGAGAGCUGAGGAGCUCCAAGGUGUCCUCACUGUCAGAGAAGCUGAGCUGCAGGAAGUUAAAGCUCAGAUGGAAGACGACACGGAGAAGAGGAAGCUCUCUGAGGAGGAGAAGGACAGCUCCAGGAGUCAAACCCUGCAGGAGGAGAACAACCAGCUCAGCUCUCUGGUUGCAGAUCUCCAGAGGAAAGAGGAGCAGAGUGUCACUGAGAUAGACGCUCUAAAAACUAGAGAGCAGGAGAUGAAAAGGGAAAUAGAAGCUCUGAGAGAAACCAGCCUCACUCUGGAGAGACAGGUCCAGGAGGUGCGGGCCGAGCUGGUGGACAUGGAGGAGCUGGUGGCUGAGGAGAGGACGAGGGUUAAAACGCUGGAGGUGGUGAAGGGAGAGCUCUCUGCGGAGAGGGAGGCGCUGAGGAAGAGGGAGCGGCAGCUGCAGGAGGAGAUUGAAAGGCUCAGACAGGAAGUGAUGUCAAUGAGAGCCUGUAUCCAGGAGCUGACCGCUCAGCUCAACGAGAGAGAAACCAGUCAAGAGGAGGCUCAGAAGGAGGUGCUGACCCAUGCUGAGGUGACCCUGGCUAAAGCAGACGCUGCCCUGAGAGAGAGGGAGGCUGAGCUCUCCAGACUGAGAGCAGAGCAUCAAACUCUGAGCACCGAGCUGACUGCAGUCAAACAGGGUCUGAGCAGCAGCACAGAGAGAGCUGAGAGGCUCCACGAGGAGGGACAGACCAAAGACCGAGCCCUCGUGGACCUGGAGACUGACAACCAGCGGUUGAAGGCGGAGCUUCGAGGUCUGCAGGAGGAGCUGGCUGUACAGGAAGAGGAACUGGCCUAUCAGCAGAGAGAACUGCAGCAGCUCAGACAGCACGACUCACUUCCUCAACACGGAUACUCACAGAAGGAUAUUUCUCACCGAGCCUUUGAGGACGUGGUGAGCGUCUCCCGUGACGACGUCUCUCUGAGCUCUCCGGAGGUUCUGAGGAGACUCGAAUGCUCCGAAGACAGAAUCCCAGAACGGUUCCACGCCUCGGCUCUGGGUUCUCGUCUGUCUGACCUCAGCGCUCUGAACACCACGGGUCUGGACCUCCACCAGGUCAAGACUUCUCCCCGGGUGGUGAUGGAGCCUCCAGCCCGGUCCAGGACCAUCACCCCAGACCCCCCCACCCAGAGCUCCCACUCCCCCGGCUCCGUGUCCCAGUCCGACAACUUCUCCAUGCUCGACUCGCUGGACACUGAUAAAGUGCAUGAGUUGGAAGAACUUGACCUGACUGAACCUCCGUCUCCUCUCGGCUCCACCUCCUCCUUAUCAGCACCAGAGUGGGCCAGUGAUGGAUACGGCAGCAAUGUGAGUUCAGAGUUGGGUGCGAGGCUGAAAGUGGAGCUGGAACAGACUGAACGCCUCGACGCUCAGUUCCUGGAGUAUCUGCGCUGCCGAGGGAUGAACCCCGCGGUGAACACAGACAGCGCUGCAGGAAGCAUGAGCUACAGCGACGACCUGCUGUCACCUGAGCUACAGGGUCUGUUGAAGAAAGUUUAUCAAGAAAGCUGCAGGAUUCUCACUUUGUCCCAACGCCGAGCCACUUCCUCAUCCCAAGCCCACGUCUCCGACCUAAGAGCCUUCUCCUUGAGCCACACAGAUCAUCAUCAUCAUCAUUCUCAUCCUCCUCAUGUUGAACAUGGCUCCAUCGUAGCGGACCCCCGGGACCCCUCCUCCUCCUCCAACCCUCCGAUGAGCUGGCAGCAGGAGAAGAGAGCGCUGCAGGAGACUGUGAUCGCUCUCAGAGAGCUGCUCUGUCGCAUGGCUCAGAGACACACACAGACUGACGACAGAGACGGAGACGAGCGGCUCAGAGAUCAGUUCAGGACUGACGGACAGGUUGAACACCAGCUGAGAGCCGAGCUGGAGGAGAGUCAGAAACAGCUGAAAUGUGCUCAUGACGCUCUGCAGGAGCAAAAGAGCAAAACACAGUCCAUCAGGGCGUCUGUAGAAGACGGUGAGGAGGCUUUGAGGAGGGAGCAGACCAGAGUCCAGGAGCUCCAACAACAACUGGAGCAGGAGAGAGCCCUGAGCCUCCGUAAAGACCGAGAGGAGGAGCAGAGGAGAGAGGCUGUGCAGGCGUCUUCUGACCAGCAGAGGUCAGAGGUCAUGUCUCUGAAGGGUCAGCUGGAGCAGGAGAUGGUUUCCUGCAGCAACCUGAGGCGGGAGCUUCAGAUCGAGCAGUCUCGCAGCGAGCUGCUGGAGAAACGCCGAGACGACACGCAGAAGGAGCUGGAACACGAACGCCAACUCUCGGCGCAGCAGCGAGAACUCGACUCGAAGGAGAAGACUCGUCUGGAGCGCCUCCUCACUGAAACGGAGUCAGAGAGUCACUCUAAACUCUCAGAAGCUCACAGGAAGCUGGAGGAGGAGCGAAGCCGGAGCUCCAGGCAGGUGGAGGAGCUCAGCCGUAGACACGAGGAGGACGCCGCCAGAGACAGGAAGUUCAUCUCCGACAUGCGCCUCCAGCUGGAGCAGGAGCGGCGGCAGGGGGAGGAGCUAGCCGCCGUCAUGGACACACUGAGGGCCGAGCUGCUGCAGAGCAGGAGGACAUGGGAGGAGGAGGAGCGGACGAGGAGGGCGGAGCUGCAGAGGGAGCAGGAGGCCGCCGCCAGACACCGCGUCGCCACGGAGACGCUGAAGGAGCAGAAACAGGAAGCGGGCCGAGCUUUAGAGCUGGAGCGGGAGCGCUGCAGGCAACAAGGGGCGGAGCUGCAGGAGCUGAAGGAGAGACUGAGACUGGUGAAGGAGAAGGAGAGGGAGAGGGAGGAGCAGUGGGAGAGAGAGAGGAGGAAGGGGAGGCAGGAGCAGAUGGAGAGGGAGAGACGCCACGACAGGACCAACAGCAAACUGAGCGAGCUGGAGUUGUUGAGGCAGCAGGACCAGCAGCGUAUGCAGGAGCUGCAGAGAACUCUGGUGGAGCUGGAGAGAGAGGAGAGAGAGAUGGCUGCUCAGAGGCUGGCGGGACGCAAAACAGGACAACAACAACAACAACAACAACAACACAAGGCUGCUGCUUCUUCACAGCAGCUGCAGAGUGACGUCCAGACAGGCAGCACACAACACAACCAGCAGAUGCCGUCCGUGCCGUCAUCACCCAGCCUGCUGGAGACGUUGCUGAAGGAGAACUCUGAGCUGACGGAGCGAGUGACAUCACUGAGUCAAGAGAGAGCCACGCUCAAACACAGACUGAGCUGCUUGGAGCGAACGCUGCGCAGCACGGAGAACGAGCUCGCCAAGAUCACCGCCGAGACGGAGAACAGACCCGUUAAUGAUGUCACCAGCAACAGCAAGGUGCAGCGUCUGUAUGAGCGCUACCUGCGUGCGGAGAGCUUCAGGAAGGCUCUGGUGUACCAGAAGCGCUACCUGCUGCUGCUGCUGGGAGGUUUCCAGGAGUGUGAGCAGGCCACGCUGUGUCUCAUCGCCCACAUGGGGGCGCGGCCCUCACCGCCACUCUCCUCACACAACAGACCGCUGGGACGCUUCAGGGCCGCCGUACGGGUCGUCAUCGCCGUCUCCAGAAUGAAGUUCCUGACCAGGAAAUGGCAGAAAGCCAUCAGAAGGUUGUCUCUGUCUGGGACCGGAGGUGUUAAUGGACAUGCUUCAGGACCUAAAGCUGAAGUUUUAAAGCAGCAACCGAGAAUAAAGUUUGACUCUCCACCAAACAGAGACAGCAGCUCCGUCCACAGAGACACCGUGUCUUCUCUGGUCCCGCCCACAAAAUCACCCUUCAGACUGCACAACAGGUCGUACUCCAGCUCCACUCUGGCCUCGGAGCGUUCAGGAGGGACGUCCCAGGAUCCAGAACGGUCCCUGACAGAAUAUAUCCACCACCUGGAGAAAGUCCAGCAGCGGCUGGUGGGAGCAGGACGAGGUUCUUCUCUCCAGCCCGACCCGAAGUUUUCCGACCACUGAAUGAAUGAAUGAAUGUCUUCAUAUCGUCCAAACACUGUCCAUGCCUUACUCCGCUGUAGAAAUGUGUAGAAAGAUUUAUCACACGUGUUGAAUUUUUUUGGAUGACAUGUCAUUUUUAUAAUCGCAUAAAUUAUUUUUCAAUAUUUUCUUUUGUAAUUUUUCUAUUCUCUGUACAGUAGAAGUAUUUUAAAGGUCACUCUUGUUCUUGAGAUGUUUUGAGAACAAACGUUUUUUUUGUUAUUUUAAAUAAAUAGUGCUGUUUGUUAUUUUUCUACUAAUGUUUUUAUAUCUUUGCUUGUAAAUACGACUGAUGUUCAGUGUACAUGUGGCAAAAAUUUGCACUGAUUUUUACUGGAACUCUAUGAUCAACAUAGCUAGUGAGCACAUUAUUGCAUAAAGUUGAACCAUAUGUGUUUUUGUAUUAUCUGUGUUUCUACCAUAAAGUUGAUAAAUAUUUUAAAUGUG